AUGCUCGACUACAAUAUGAACGAUAGCAGGGUCACAGCCCUCCUAUGGGGGCUCACGGGAGCCGACCAGGACAUACCCAACCUAGCAUGUGUUCUAUGUGCACCCGUAUGGGACUGUAUAAGAUACGUUACUGGUAUGAUGUCAGCGACGGUGAUAGCGUCGGAAUGCUUGUCCAGAGGCAUGUGCUUUUGCUGGGCCAAAUGUCUACCCAAUGGCAAGUAUCAAGGUGGCUACGUCGCUGCUCCUACCAGAGGUAUCCACGAUGAUGUGGCCGUGUGUGACUUCUCUUCCAUGUACCCUACGAUAAUGAUAGGUGCUAACAUAUCACCCGACGCUAUAUUGACCCCAGCGGAGAGCCUGCGUAGCGAGGGUGCUGUGACGUGGGACGGGUAUAGCGUGUCAGCGGUAUGUAGCGGCAGAACGGCGCGCUUCAGCACUGUUAAUAAAGGCGUGGUACCCCAGACCCUGCAGAAGCUUGUGGAUGAGAGGAGGAAACACAAGGCUUCACGCCCCACGCGUGCUAUGGCGCUCAAGGUAGGUGCUAAUAGUAUAUACGGCUCUUUUGUAUACGAGAUGUCUACGUUAUACUCGCCUUCGUGCUCGGCUGCUACCACAGCAUUUGGUCGGUGGUGCCUUGCGCUCUCUAUAUGCGUGUUCGAGAAAUGUGGCCUGCGGGUUAUCUACGGUGAUACUGACUCUUGCUUUCUCUCUGGUACCAACGUAACUGCUGCGAAGUAUCAUGGGAGCCUGAGAGACCAUUGUAAUGCUGCGUUAGCUGUGCUGAAAUGUGUACUGGGCUUCACGCCUUUCAGGGAUAUGGAUAUGUGUCUCGAGGGACUGCACAAGAGAAUGCUGCUGUUGGGGAAGAAGAACUACGCGUAUAUGUCUAGCAGCGGAGAUGUAAGGUACAAGGGUAUACCUGUAGCCAGGAAGGAUGCUCUAGGCAUAUGCCGUAAGGUUAGUAAGUGUACCGUGGAUAUGAUACUCUACGGUGGUAGUACCCAGGAGGCCAAGUCAGCCAUAGCCUUGAUGUGCGCCAGGGCACGGGAUUCCUGCGCUCUCAGUAGCCUGACGCUGAUGGACUUAUCCAAGGUAAUACGCGCAGAGGGAGGCAGCUGCUACACGUAUGUAGAUUUUAACGGAGAUCCGAAGAACGUGAAGAUAGAGGAUGCAUCGCCGGAGAUGAUCGUGCAGUAUAGCAAAGCAGAGAUAGCUACGAGGAUAUCCAAAGAGGUAACGCGCUACACGUCUGCAGCGGGUCUUGGUACAGUAUACGACAUCAUGUGGGUGUGCCCUGUAUUCGAGUCGCUGGGCUACGUCACCCAUUGA